AUGCAUACAAUCACAAGUCACAAUCUACCCACCGCUACAACGCCUCCGACUUCUGCAGCUGCCCCCGCCAACUUCAGCUCUGGGGAGUCUAGAUCUUGCCUUACAAACCCUAUGCUUUGGAACUGGAACACCAUUGGUGUCUGCUUUAUUUCCGAGGCGUGGUAUAUAGAUUCCGGGGCCUUGUUUGCCACCACCUGCCUCGCCGCCUUUGGUCUGGCCUUAUUUCUUCAAUUCGCACGUCGUGCCUCUAGAGAAUGGGAGCGUCACCUAUUCGCCAGAAACGUCGGCAAUCCUCAAGCAUUCUUUGAUCCCAUUACUGGAAUUGAACUUGCCCCCCUACAACCCGCUGCCGCUCAACCCGCUGCUGCUCAACCCGCUGCUGCUCAACCCGCUGCUGCUCAACCUGCUGCCGCUCAACCUGCUGGUGGUCAAUCUGCUGGUGGUCAACCUGCUGAUGCUGCUCAACCUGCUGAUGCUGCUCAACCUGCUGAUGCUGCUCAACCUGCUCAGCCUGGUGGUGGUCAAUCUGUCGGUGGCCAAUCUUCUGAUGGUCAACCUGCUGAUGCUGCUCAACCUGCUCAGCCUGCUCCGGCUAAUGGCCCCGGCAAUGGUCAAGAUGCCGCCAACCGCCUUCCCCCUUUUUGUCCCAGCUUCAUGGAACAUAUUGUCGAGGCUUCACUGUGCACGCUUCGACUUAUCGUGACCUAUGUCCUCAUACUAAUGGCUGUUUCCUUCAAUGGUUACAUCAUCAUUUGUAUCUUCAGCGGUCAUUUCUUUGGUAUUGUAUUGUUCUGGCGAGAUCCGGUGGCCAAAGCCAACAAACCAAAUGUUUACCAGCGUCUUUUCCAGCGGCCUAUCGUUUUUGGUAAUGUUUAG